AUAAACCUCGAGUUGCUACCUCAGCAACACAUCCCAAAAACUGACUCAGCAACCGAACAUAACAUACAUUGCUCCUCAGUUUUUGCCCCGAGAUGUGGAAUCCUUACUUACACAAUUCCCAUGCUUCUGUCUGUUCAUUGUCUUCAUCCAUCUUUUUCAUUUCUUUAAUACUACAAAAUAGACACCAAAUGCCUUUAAGUGUCUCCUACUUCAAACCACUUUCAUGAAUCAUUUCAUAACACAACUCAUAAAACUCAACCUCCCCCAUGUGCCUUCACAUGCAUUCCAAUGAAAACACCACUCAAUUAAAUUAAAUCUCCUAUUAAAUUCCAUUUAAGCAUUGUUGUUAACUUCAAAAUUUAGGCAAACCACUUUUGACUUACACAUUCACAAAACUAUGGAUCUUUGCAAAAGUAGAGCAACAACCACCGUUACUCUCUCAUGUCUCCUCUUCUUUGUUUCUUCCUUCUACACAAUCUCCACCGCGAAAUCUGUCACUAAUCCGCUCUAUCAACUCCUUCUGUUCACCGCCUUCUUUCUCGCUGCAGCCUUGUCUCUUCUUAUACUGGUGGCGGCGGCACGAGCCACCAUGGUCGCGUGGAUAACUAUCCUCGUCUUACUGGCCUUUUCGGGUACACGUCGCCGUGUUUUAGCGCGGAGAGGGAAGACAAUCACCGCGGAUGUGGCGAUGUGCUUGUUUAGAGAGACAAAUCCUCGCGGUUAGUCUCGUGAGGCUUGUUUGUUGUUAGAGAGUAUUUUCAUAUCACUUUUGUAUAUAACAAAAAUAUGUCUUUUUGUGAAUGAUUUUCCCCUUUUUGUAUUCAUUUAUACUGAUUCUAAUUUAAUUUUAAUAUAUAUAUGUGCUUUAAAUGUUUAUUCAAUACUUCUAUAGUUACAA